GAUGGAAGGCGCCCGUCAUAAUAUUAUAAAUAUGUUAAUUUACACCAUUUUUUCAUACUGAAAAGAUUUCAUGUAAAAUGGCUCAUCAAAGUGCUGCUCUUUUAACACGUAUAAUAGCUUCUUCCGUAUCUGUUACAGUACAAGCUGGCAAAAUAAUUCGGGAUGUGUUGAGUAGAGGAGGAUUAAACAUUGUGGAAAAGGGUAAAAAUGAUCUACAAACAGAAGCAGAUCGUUGUGCCCAACAAUGUAUUAUAGCUUCACUUAGUCAUCAGUUUCCAAAUAUUAGGAUUAUUGGUGAGGAAGAGCUAUCUUGUUAUGAAGUAUCACCUGAGUGGAUUAUUACUGAAGCUGAUCAAGAAGUCUUGCAGCUGAAACUACCUACUCAAUUAGAAAACAUCAAUCUUAAGGAUAUAUGUGUUUGGGUAGAUCCAUUAGAUGGUACAGCAGAAUUUACACAAGGAUUGGUAGAGCAUGUCACAGUAUUAAUUGGUGUGGCAAUUGGUAAAAGGGCAGUUGGAGGUGUAAUACAUCAACCUUAUUAUAAAAAUGAAACUGGUAUGUAUGUUGAAAAUGGUCGCACAUUAUGGGGUAUUGAUGGUGCAGGAUUUGGAGGAUUUGUGCCAAAAUCACCUCCAGAUGGAAAGAAGAUAAUUACAACUACUCGGUCACAUUCUGACAGUACUGUUCAGAAUGCAAUAAAAUCUCUGAAUCCUGAUGAGGUAAUAUGUGUUGGUGGAGCAGGGUAUAAGGUAAUCCUCUUAUUGGAAGGAAAAGCUCAUGCUUAUGUCUUUGCGAGUUCUGGAUGUAAGAAGUGGGACACUUGUGCUCCUGAAGCUAUUUUACAUGCAAUUGGCGGUAGUUUAACUGAUUUUCAUGGUAAACGCUAUUCAUAUAAUCCAGAAAUAAUAUAUAGAAAUACAAGGGGUGUAUUGGCUACUGCACCCAGUCAGUCACAUCAAUGGUAUUUAAGUCACAUUCCUGAUGAAGUUAAACAAAAAUUACAAUAAAUAAUUGCAGCUUGUGUGCAUAAUAUUACUUUUAUUUAGUUAUCUCUACAAACUUAUUUUUUUAGUGUAUCUGAAAAGAUUUAUACAUAAGAGAACAUUACAUUUCUUUCAUUACAGUUCUUUUUCUAUGCCUCAGGAUUAAACUUUGUAGAAAACAUUUGUAUAACAUUUGUACUAAUAUUUAGUAGUUUUAUAGUAUUUUCAAUCGAUACGAAUUGAAUCGCUCCUAGAUCGUUUAAUGACAUUAUUGGGCAAAUCGAUUCAACUUAUACCGGCCGAAAACACAAAUUAUUUAAAAUUGUCUUAAGUUCGUCGCAAGACGUACGGGCCAUUUGAUUAAAAGCAGAGCCAAUAAAACAGCCUUGUACAAGAUA